AAGAAUCGCAUGAUCUUCCGCGUUUGGCCUCGUUAUCCUAAUGGACAAGCCAUCAAGCCGUCUCCACUGAGGGGAAAGGAGGCCGGCAAUGGACUUGAUUUAUGGGGUGCAACGCUCUACGACUUCUACCAUGUUCGACGUCUCCCAAAUGUGCCAAACUACAUCACCAAUUCCACGGGAAGCAGACUUGCGAAAUGGAUGCGCCAGGCUGGUGAGCUUACAGCCAAGGAUGAGCUCUAUUGGGCCGAUCAGGAAGAGGAUCCCAAAGAGAUACCAGUAGCUGACAUCGGGGAACUGAUUGGAUGCUUUGACACACACCAUUAUCCCUCUCCAUAUCCCUUCAUCCCGUGCACGCACGAUGGGAAUCCGACUCUCCAACAGCGGAUUCCUUUAUAUCUUCUCCCUAAAAAGCUCCAUGUUCACGACCCUUGGAAUAAAUUAUCUAUC